GCAACAAAUCGUGUUUUUCGUAACAAAAAAAAAAAAAAAAAAAAAAAAACUAAAUCGACAGCACCAAUUUUCUUCACCAAAACCCAUUAUAUUAUUAUUCGUUGUUAUUAAUUCUAAGUUAGUUGGAAAGGUGUCACAACGGCAAGAACACUAUACCAAAAUCAAACCAACUACUCUCUCUACCCUUAAUAUAAAAAUAUCUACAAAACGGCCAUUAGAACCAAAAAAAAAAAAAACCAAACCAACAACCAGUGUUAUAAGUUAUUUUAUUUUAUUUUUGGUUCUUCGUUAAUUCUUAUAAUAACUUAAUGGAUAUUUUGAUUUGAUUUAUUAAUUUCAAAUCUUUGAUUUUUAAAAGAGUGCUGAGUGUUAUUAUUUAAAUAAUAAAUCGUACAAAACAAAAACUUAAUAAAGAAGAUACUUUUUCUAUACAAUCUUGUGUUAAUAAAGCUACACGUUAAAUUUUUAUUUUUUGAAUGAACGAAUCGUCUAUGCCACACACUCUGUUAUUCAGACUUCACACACAACCGCUCCGACGGUAAUUCGCAUGGAUUAACAAAUAAAUACAAAAAAAAACAAAUAAUUUUUUUUUUGUAUUGUGUUUUUAUUUUUUUUUGUGAAAACUUAAGUGCCUAUAAAUAUAACAAGAGAUAUUUAUAAAUUAAAAAAUAAAUAUAUUUAAAAUUAAAAAAAAAAAACCUCUUCACAAAUGUUCAAAUCAAACAUACCUAAACCUACCGCUUAAAUUAUUUUGUAUAAAUUAUAACUAAACUGAUUAUACAAAAAAUUAAAUUUAAAAUUUAAAUUUUUUAAAAACUAUGACAAACGAAUCCAGUUCUAUGACAAUGAAAAGUGAUAAUGAAAGCAAAUUAGUUAACACUACUAUUACUAGUAAUAACAAUAUUAUCGUGAAUAACAACAAUAACAAUAUUUACUACACCUGCAAUAGUAGCAACAAGUCAAUACCAAUAACAACAACAAUAACCGUGGCGGCAACAUCAUCACCAGCAUCGUCAACAUCGGUGAUAGUUAGUGAUUUGCCAUCAAUAACAUUAGCGCCAUUUGCUAAGAUCAAACGUGAAACUGAUUGUAUAAGUACUAGUAACGAUUAUACCAAUCGAUCAUCAUCAUCAUCAUCAAUGGUGGUUAUGAAAUCAGUUUCAAAUAAUUCUCAAGUGCCAACAAAUAAUAGUAAUAAUAAUACAGUAAGUGCAAAAAUGGGCUCACGUCGCAUAUUCACGCCGCAAUUUAAAUUGCAAGUUCUCGAAUCAUAUCGCAAUGAUGCCGAUUGCAAGGGCAACCAAAGGGCUACAGCUCGCAAAUAUAACAUUCAUCGUAGGCAAAUUCAAAAAUGGUUGCAAUGCGAAUCGAAUUUACGUUCAUCGGUAGCGAAUAUUUGUGCGAACAAUGUGAAACAUCAGUUUCAUAAUAUUACCCAUCAUCAUCAAAUGCCAAUUGUAACAAAUUCAACUUUGCCAUUGCCAUCGUCGUCGGCUGCGGCAUCUUCAUCGUCGUCAAUACAUUCAAAUAAUAAUCAACAUCAUCAUCAUCAUGCCCACCAUAAUCAACAACAAUAUAAAGCCAUUAAUAAUCGGCUGUCCUUGGACACAACCAGACAUAGCGUCGCUCUAACUUCCAUACAGAUUCCAACAAGCAAAGGGGUGUUGGCGGCAGCAGCACAAGCAGCAGCAGCAGCAGCAACUAAUAAUGUAGGAGAUGUAGUAGGUGCAGUGGCACCAUUAUCAUCGUCGUCGCCCUCGUCUACGGCGUUCUUGUCGUCGUCCACUAGCACAGUGAAAAGCCUACGCGCACCUACAUCACCCGUUCUCCAUUCUCAGAUUCUAACCAAGUCAUCGUCGUCGUCGUCGGCAGUGGUGGCGGUAUCACCAUCAACAAAAGGGGGACAAUCGGUAGUUGUUGGUGGAGCAACAACACCAUUACAUAUCUAUCAUCAUCAUGAUAGUAUGGGUAUUCACACACCACCUGCUUCCAUGUCAAGUGUGCCAGUAUCAGUACCAAUAAUUACACCACAUCCGCAUACACACUUGCAUGUGACUAAUUUGAAAAUUCAUCAUUACCAGCACCUCCACAUGGAACAACAACAACAUCAUCAUCACCAACACCAUCAUAAUCUACAUCACCCAUACAAUCAAAUACAACUACCUCCGCCGCCGCCAUCAAGUGAACGACGUCCGUUCAUGCCGUCAGCAAGUCUGCCUGCUUUACCUACUUCUUCAUCGUCGUCGUCUUCAUCGUCGUCGUCGACGUUCUCAACAACAACCACAACUACAUCGCCCUCUUCACCCCCGGCUUCAACACCAUUGACAGCUGUUGCUCUCUCAUGCACAGACACUCUGGCAACCAACAACCCUGCCGCUCGUAUUGCUGCUGUUUCUAUGCCUCUUGCUCAUGUAGAGGAAAAUCGAAUCGUUGUCGACGAGUUACGUGACUAUCGGUCGACGUCAACAGAAAAUCGUUAUAUGAAUGAAAAUGAGUACGCUGCUGCUGUACAAAGCAGAACACUAAUGCAUCGUGCUUAUGAAGGAUUCCAUUACCUUCCAUUGCCAAUGCACAUGUAUCCGGCUGCAACAGCAGCGACGAUGAUAGCGCCAAUCGAUUUAUCAUUGGGGACGAAACGUCUUGGCGGUUAUUCGCUUGCUUCACCAUCCACACUCAAUGAGAAUACAAAUUUGGAGCGGCAUCAGGAAUAUGCUGAAACUAUCAUUAAAUACGAACAACCAUCAUCACCAAAGAGCGAAGACAACAAUGAUGAUGAUGAUGAUGAUUCUCAGUUAAAUGUUGUUGAUUCUGAUAUUUCGGAAUCAUCUUCAUCGGUUGUAGAUUUGACUUUGAGAAAACGUAAAGUUCUUAUGCCUAUUUCUGGAGAAAUUACAGCUGAAAAACAUACAAAAGUUAAUGAAAAUGAGACGACCGAGAAGCCAUCUUCUGAGCCACCGAAAACCUUUAAACUCUUCAAACCUUAUUUAUUAGAUGAAGAAGAGGCUAAAAAGUCUAGCGACGAAUCAUCAAGUAAAAUCAGCAAGCAAAAGGAUCCAAUUAUUUGGAGUCAUCAUACUGCUUGUUUAUCGCCACCAAUCAGCAUCGAUAGUCUUCAAUCGAGCAGUCGUGGAAGUAAUUUUCAAUCGCCUCCAGUCGAUUCAGCCUAUCCAUUUCCAGCCGGGAGUCCCACAUUUCAAACCACAAGUGCAGCAACAUCAGCCGGCUUUAGAUGUCCCAAAGGCUCACCUGUAUCCGGUUACGAAUCAUCAUCGUCCAUCUACUCCGAUUCAGUAUCAUCGAAUAGCGGAGACAACAACAAUAACAACAACGCAACCCCUAACUCCGCCACCAUCAGCUACCGUUUCGACCUCAAGGUCCAAAACAUCAACGGUGACCUCCCGAACAAUAACCUGAUAUCACCCACACCCAAGCGUCCCUUCAUUCCUGACGAACACAUCCCCCUUCUUCAUCCUCCCACUCACAUCAAUCAUGUUCAGAGAUGGCUGGACCAAGAAUCUGGCAUUAGGCAGGGUAUUGCUUUGUAUGUUUAAAAAACAUCCAAAAAACCUGCUUAAAAAAAAGUUCUGUUCGAUUUGAAAUCGACUUAAAAAAGAAAAAUAACUGUUUUCGUUAAAUUUUUUUUGUACAUAAGGCAAUAUUUUUAUUGAAUGUUUUAAUAAUUUUAAUGUUUAAGAUAAAUUAAAUAACCACCAAACAGCAUAUCACAAUAUUAUUUCAAAAACAUAUUAAAAAAUAUUUAAAAUUUCUAAAAAAAUACAAAAAAAAAACAAAUUUUUAAUUUGUAUAUCAAAUUGUAUAUCAUUGAGGCUUUAUUCAGAAUUGAACAUAAAUAAAAAAUAUAAA